GCACCUUUUACAAUUGUUGUCAUGAAUGCUUAAUGUAGCGCUAAGAGAGAAGGGAAGGGUUGUGUGGAUGGUGUUGCAAGGAUGUCUAUUUGGGUGGGCAGUGGCGGCGGCGGGAAUGAGGUCCGCGGUCCACCACCAGCCACUGUCCUUUCUACUAACACUUCUAUGGAGUCUGGUAUCGAGGCUGGAGUCCUGCCGACUGUCACGGGCUCGCUCGCGUCGGCGAGGGACUCCCUGGGAUCCCUGUCUAGAGCUGCCGAACAUUUGUACGACACAGACCACACCGAUCUUGGAAGCGAACUUGAUGAAGCUGAAAUACGACGGGAGUUGAUGCACGAUAAAUGGCGCCUUCUUUUUGAUAAGUUCGAUCCUGAAGGCUUUGGGGAGAUUCCUUGGCCGGACUUCCUGCAAACUCUUCAGCAUCCCGAUUUUAUAGCACAGGUGCCUCAUCACAAGCGUGAGAUACUAUUAGAUAAAGCUCGAAGUUCCAGCAGCCCAGCCAUAACAUUUCAAGAGUUUGUUAAUGUGGUAAGUUUUAGCGUACAUUUGUCACGUUUUUUGUGA